UUCUGCAUUAUUAUUGCGACUAGACUAUGCAGCAAAUAUUACGCUGUCCUUGAAUUAAUGUUUGAAACUUUGGACAAGUUUUCAUUUGACAUUUCCCCUUCUUCUUCUUACUCCUAUUAUAUAUAUAUAUAUAUGCUCCAAUUUCUUUAAAAGGAAGAAAAUAUAUCCUUUUAACAGUACUAUAGAGUUAAUUGAUUUGUGUAUCGAAUUGAUGGCUAAAGAACGGUCGAUGGAGGCAACCCCUACUUGGGCGAUUGCUGUGGUUUGCUUCAUCUUGCUCGCUAUUUCCAUUUUUAUUGAACAAAUUAUUCAUCAUAUUGGAGAGUGGUUACUGGAAAAGCGGAAAAAGCCUCUAUAUGAAGCACUUGAAAAGAUCAAAGCUGUGUUGCAAGAACCAGUUUCUAACUUAUGCGUCCCCAAGAGUAUUGGUUAUUCAUGGCAUCCUUGUAAGCCAAAGGCAGACGCCCAGUCUGAGUAUGAGGUUACUUCAUGCGACAAAAAGGGAAAAGUCCAAUUUGCAUCUUCAUAUGCAAUACACCAGCUCCAUAUCUUCAUCUUUGUGUUGGCAGUUGCUCAUGUAUUGUACUGUAUAGCAACUUUUGCUUUGGGCAGACUAAAGAUGAGAAAAUGGAGGGCAUGUAAAGUUUGUAGCUAA